AUGGCAUCAGAUAUUAUUAAUAAGAUGAAUAAUAUUACCUUGAAAGAUAAAGCCGAACGUACAUGUGAUAAUGAAAAAAGAAAAAAUUAUUUAAAUUGGGAUGACUAUUUUAUGGCUGUUGCUUUCUUAAGUGCGAAACGUAGCAAAGAUCCUAUUACUCAAGUUGGUGCAUGUUUAGUGAAUGAAGAACAGCAAAUUGUAGGUAUUGGAUAUAAUGGAAUGCCUAAAGGUUGCAAUGACAAUGAAUUUCCUUGGGGCAAGUGUUCUGAUGAUCCAUUAAACACAAAGACUUUUUAUGUAUGCCAUGCAGAAAUUAAUGCUAUUUUAAACAAAAACAGUAGCAGUGUUAAGAAUUGUACCCUUUAUGUUGUGCUUUUUCCAUGUAAUGAAUGUGCUAAAGUAAUAAUACAGUCUGGAAUAAAGUUAAUCAAAUACAUGUCAGAUAAACAUGCUAUGAAAAAGAAAACUAUAGCUGCGAAAAGAAUGUUUGAUGCAGCAGGUGUAACAUACAGCCAAUACAUAUCAAAAACUAAAAAAAUAACAAUUGAUUUCAAUGAAGUAGAUGAUGACAGUAAAAAUAAAUGA